AAAUCAACUAAUAAAUGGCUGAAUAACUCACAGAAGAAUAAAUUGCUGAAUUCAAAGAAGCCUUCGCUCUCUUUGAUAAGGAUGGUGAUGGUACCAUUACAACUAAAGAAUUGGGAACAGUUAUGAGAUCUCUUGGAUAAAACCCAACUGAAGCUGAACUUCAAGAUAUGAUCAAUGAAGUUGAUGCUGAUGGUAACGGAACAAUCGAUUUCCCCGAAUUUUUAUCUUUGAUGGCUAGAAAAAUGAAAGAAUAAGAUUCUGAGGAAGAAUUAAUUGAAGCUUUCAAAGUCUUUGACAGAGAUGGAAACGGUCUCAUUUCAGCUGCUGAAUUGAGACAUGUUAUGACAAAUUUGGGAGAAAAAUUGACUGACGAUGAGGUUGAUGAAAUGAUCAGAGAAGCUGAUAUUGACGGUGAUGGACAUAUCAACUAUGAAGAAUUCGUCAGAAUGAUGGUUUCUAAAUGAUUAUUAUAUCAUAAUUAUUAAGAUAUUUAUCUAAAUGAACAACACUUAAAUAAAA